AUGGCGCUCGAGUGGGUGGUGCUGAGCUACGCUACGGGGGCGGAGGCGGUGAUGCUGCUCCUACUGACGUUGCCGGGGCUGGACGGCCUCCGCAAAGGCCUGGUCGCGGUCACGAGGAGCGCCCUCAAGCCGCUGCUCUCGGUGGUUCCCUUCUGCCUCUUCCUACUCAUGGACAUCUACUGGAAGUACGAGAUGCGACCUACCUGCGGCGAGGAGCACGCCUGCACCCCCUCUGAGUACCUACGACACCAGAAAUCGGUGAUGAAGAGCCAGCGGAACGCCCUUCUCAUUGCCGCCGCCCUCGUCUUCUAUUGGCUCCUCUUCUCCGUUACCAACCUCGUCCUCCGCCACCAGCAGCUGUCGCAACGCCUGGAGAAGCUCAAGAACCAGGAUUGA